AGGCAAGGCUCGGAGGCAGCGGAAGCACCAAACGGAAACUGGCUAGAGGAAAUCUUUCGAAAGGACGCUGAAUUCUUUGCCUAAGGUCUUUCACAAUGGUGAAAAUCUUUGUGGGGAAUCUGCCCCGAGAGGCAGACCAGGAUGAAAUCAAGGCGCUCUUCACUCAGUAUGGCACAGUCACAGAAUGCGCCAUCAUCAAGAACUACGCCUUCGUCCACAUGGAUGACCGCAAGGCCGCCACCAAAGCCAUCAAAAAUCUGCACCUCUACAAGCUUCACGGCACACCCAUCAACGUGGAGGCAAGCCACGGGAAGAACCAGGGCUCAGUCAAACUGCAUGUAGCCAACGUAGAGAAGGGAUCUGAUGAAGAGCUCCGUGCUCUCUUCGAAGAGUACGGGACAGUCACAGAGUGUGCUGUUGUUAAGAAUUUUGCUUUUGUACAUAUGUCCAACUCUGAUGAGGCCAUGGAUGCCAUCAAGGGACUGGACAACACUGAAUUUCAAGACAAACGCAUCCAUGUCCAGAUUUCCAAGAGCCGGCCCAGACAUGAUGAACGAGAUGAGUACCCCCCUCCUCCCCCAGACAGAGGCGGCUACUGGCCCCCACGCUAUCCAGGAGAGAGGCACGAGCCUCCCCCUCCUAGCUACCUGCGAGGCCGCCUCAGCCAUAUACCCCCGGGUUACCCAGCCCCCCCUCUGCCGCCCCCUCCCCCUAGGCGAGCUGUUUAUCCUGACCGUCCCUAUGAGGGUGAGAGGGACAGGUAUGGCGUGGUAGAUUACUAUGAGAAGUACAGAGCCCGUCCGUAUGGCAUGGCCUCCUACGAGGAUCAGCGUGCUGGCGCCCCUCCUCCUCCCCCUCCCCCGUCAGCCGUCGUCCGAGACCGUCUUAUGACCUCGUCGCUUGACCCGUAUGAGCGUCGGCCCCUCCCACCUCCUCCGUCCUCAUACUACGCCCGAGAUCGCAGCCCCCUCAGAAGAGCGCCUAGCAUGCCAAUGCCCCCCGCCAGUAAUGGCUACUCCUACGAGCGCUCCCGCCUCUCCCCGGUUUCCCGGGUCCCGGCGUACGGAGUUCCACGUGCCAGGGACCCCUACGCAGACCGGCUGCCCCCGCCACCGCCUGCACGCUACGCUUAUUAAGCAAGGCCUCGGCAUGUGAAGGAUUGUCGUCCGACUGCGUCGCCGCUCGCCGCCUCCUGAUGCACGUGACACUAUCCACUUCCUGUCUACGGCUGAGCGCGUUACGUUCCCCUGAGAUGCUCACAGGAGGAACCGAAUUACCGACGUCCUCGUCUGUUUUUGUUUUUAUUAUUUUGGGACAGUUUUUACUCUCGUAUUUUUUUUCCCCCCCUGGCUGUUUUAUUUUGUCAUUGUGCUGUAGUAUUUUUAAUACUUGACAUCUGAGUUAGGCGUGUUUUUUUUUUUUUUUAAUUGUACUUUACGUUUGAGUAAUACGUGUUCUGAUGUGGUGUGUAACCUUAGGAAGCUGAAUGAUUUCAGCAGCAGUUUUUAGGCGAUACUUGUGACUGUAGAUUUAACUGAACUGAAUCAUGUUUGGUAUUAAAUCUAGUCUGCACGUUGGUUCCAUUAUGUUAAAACUUUUCCAUCGAAAACUAAACCUCCAUGUGGCGUUACUGUGAACAUUUAAACUGCUAAGCCGUAGGAGUCUGACACAUGUAGUAACAGCGCAGUUACCAAAAAGCGUUCACAUGUAUCCCAUUGUCGAUCUUUUUAGUAAUGAAACGGAUUUGUGCAGUAAUGUUGUGCUCAGAACCAUGCCCUGCGCUGAAACACCCCAUCUCUGUAGCAGCUUGACUUGAUUCGAAUACUCUUAGCUUUCGAAAAUACAGAUUUAAUAAUUAUCCGUUCAUUUAUGAUGAAAUCCACGUAUAACAAACUUGUUAAAAUCGUCACACUGAUUAAAGAAAUGUCUCUUCUCUGAAGUACCACAGCUUUUAUCUUUCAUCAGCGUACCCUUUACCCAACUCCCCCUCAGUGCCAAAACUUGUUCACACUGUAGUUUAAGUGAAUAAGGGCGAAACACACUCCAACAAGCAGGUGAGACUUCAUAGAUGAGACUAGUUUACCUUGAGUCUGGGGGCAGAUGACAUCAGAGGCUUCUGGAGACCUUCAGAGUCAACAGGUAAGUCCAGGGCUUUAAGGACUACUGGGACUGUUUGGCAGAGAGCACAUGCUCACAUUUAACUGUUUAUAGUGUCUAGACAGGAUUGUGAUUGGAGUUAGAGAAGCAUGUAGGAUAGCUAGCUUUGGGUAAACCAGUAAAGAGGUAAGACUUUGGACUUGCAUCAGAUUAGAAAUUCUACAUUUUGUUUUAACAGACAUGAUGAGUUUGAUUAAAAUCUUGUAAAAGUGCAAGAAAAUCUACAGUGGAUCUGUUAAGUAAUUUUACACAAAAGCUUUUGAUGGAGGUGAGAAGUUUACAGUAUAUUCUGCUUUGUGUUGCCAUUUUGGAUUCUGACCUGCAUGAAAUAAAAUAUUUAAAACAAUAA